GUAAACCUUCAAGUGCUAGACCGUCACGAUACAGAAGCCGAUGGUUACGUAACCAAGCUUGAAUUACGUCAUCCACGGAUCAUUCGCACGAAAGGAGGACGAACAAUCAAACAUGUCGUGAACCACAACUUCGAAGAAAAACUCGCUCAGCCAUUUUUCUUCGUUCAGAAUCCCAACGGAGAAGUGACUCAUGUGUUUUACCCACAUGAUGAUUCUGCUGACCUUGUUGGAAUGAAGAAAGGUAAAUUGAUUGAAUUCAUGUUUUUAAAAAAAGCGUCUAAACUAGGCUAGCUUCAUUAAAGCUCAAUCAGUUCUAAGCAGUUCUCCCUAGAAAUCCUCGACAGGGCCAUUCUAUAUUGGUGUACAUUACCAGGCCAUUACAAAUCCGGCAUUCUGAUUGUAUUCUACUCAGAUACAAAGACCAUUACGUAACGAACCAUGGUUGAGAAAAAAGAUGGCGGAAAAUUUGUUUUCGAAAGUUUUCGGGGGAAAUUUUAUAUGAAAUCCUUUCCCUGAAGGACCAUCAAGACUACAAAAUAUAAUCUGAAGCAACCUUUAAACCGUAUUUUAAUAAUACGAAGUCAGAGCAUUUUUUUGUGCAUAUUACAAACAAAAACAUUGAAAUUUCAGUUGCUUGUAAGUAAGUAAGUAAGUAAGUAAUUAAUUAAUUAUAUUUUUCCUCGUCUUUUAAGAGUUUUUUGUCUACAAUGCGAUUUUAUGUUAAUAGAAGUAAUAUUAUAUUUUUAAGGUUUUUUCCCCUUUGGCUUUCAAUGGUCCUUUUGUGUGCAUUUUUAUACGGGUUUUUUUAUGUGAACUACUGCAACGUUUCGGGAAAUCAUAUUGUUUGCAGUUUGAGGACAUCUUUCAAAAGUUCUGGACUUUUAAGUCUUUUGUCGUUCUCUUAUAAUGAUCAAAAUUUCGCCUGUAUUUUUCCUUAAUACCAUGACUGUUACACCGCCUGUUUUAAAACAUUUUCAAGGGAGCCGUGUAUUUUGCUGGGUUGUUAUAUAAAAAAACUUUUUGCUGGGUUGUUGCAAAGUACUUGUAAAAUGUAUGAAUAAUUAAUGAGGCCAAGUUAAAAUCGCAGCAUUUGGGUCAUAUGUAUACAUCUGUUAAGGCCGUUUUCCAUUAACGCUCGCUAUGCCCGCGCGGGCGAAGCGUUCAUUGUUUUUGAGCCCUGUCACGCCCACGUGAGCAGAUUUUCAAAGUCCGCUCCGCCUGCGCGGGCAAAGAGACUGCAAUGGAAACCGGCCUUAAUCCCCCAUAAAGUUCAACCUUCUCAUAAGUUUGGGGAGAGAUAUCGAAUUCAAAACAGGGAAAGCUGGGUUUGAUGAAUUCUAAAUUCUUAAAUUCACCUUGAUACAGAUGUCCUAGUGAGCUAAUUAAUUAAUUAACUUUGAUAUAGAUGUCCUAGUGAACUCAUUAACUUUGAUACAAAUGUCCUAGUGAGCUAAUCAAUUCAUUAACUUUCAUACAGUUAUUGUAGUAAAACACAACAUUGAGAAAACAACAACACACUUAAUAAAGACACUAAACUAAAGUAACUUUAUUUAUACUGGAUAGCUCUAUCAGUUCUAAACUGUUCUCUCCCAUCAGUCACAUGCAAAAAAGUACUGGAUCACAUUUUGUAUUUGUAACAAUUUACAUACAUCGAUUUCCCACCCUUAAAUUAAAUCUUGAUCCUAAUCCUUGCAAUCGCAGUAUUAAUCCUUAUCCUAAUUUCAAACACAAUAAGAAUUCUAUUCCUGAUCCUUUACUAAAACUUUUUCAUUCUUCCUAGGUGUCGUAAGUGCCUUUCACCUGAAGCUCCACUCAGAUUUCAAGAUGACGUCAUUCAAUACCGAAGAAGAAGACGACUCCGGUGUCCACGUGACCUACUAUGACGUCAUCCACAGAAACACCACUCACGUCGAUUUCACAAAACAAUGGAACGGUAACGAUUACUCGAAACAUGCAGAUGGGCGACCUGUGGAGGGGAAACAACAUGUUAAAAGUCGCUACAACUCGGCUGUAAAGAUUGAAGACAACGCCAUUAAAUCUGUAAAGAGAACACACUUCUCUGAGAUGCAUGACGAAAAUUCGUACAAAAGGCCCUUAAAUAACCCUGAUUUUCAAAAUCAACCCGAUUUUGAUGUGAAAGCAUCUGGAGAGAGCCACCUUAACUUGCUUAGCUGUUCAAGGAAACCUCGGCGGAGUAAAAGGUCCUCAAAAAAUGAGAAAGCUGCCUCCUCAUUGGCUAAUCUCAAACAGGAUACUUUAACUCACAGCAAUGUGCAUCGCUUCAUCGGUGAUCAAAAGAAACCAACCCGAACAUUUUACGAACUGCUCAGAUGUUAUUCGGAUCCUUCCGUGAAGAAGAACGAACUAUCGCAGUGUAUUAAAGAACUUCAUUAUCUAGCCCGAGCCGACAACGAAAUUCACCGAAACAUAGCCGAGCUCACAUUAUCGCGUAGCCAUCAGAAUUUUUCUACAUGGUCGGGGUUAGUUGGAGCUCUAGUUGUUAAAGGGGACUAUGAGACGCAGAAGGUAUUAACAAGGGCACUUUUGUCCGAGGAUCCGCGACCUCUCACUGAUAAAGAACAUUCGAUACUGCUUGAGGCAGUGUUCUUUAUUCCGGCCGGACCUCUGUACCCGGAACUAUUACAAGCGCUGAUAUCUCUUCAUAAAAACAACAGUAAAAGUGAGGAGGUCACCGUCCGGGCAAUGCUGGUCAUGUCGGGGUUGGUUCGCCGUGUUCAUGAAGCUGGCUAUAACAGGUCGCUGUCUGAUAGUAUUGCACAACAUCUUCACCAAUCCUUUAAAACCCAUCCAGCCCGUUUCCAUGGCGACGAAAGCGAAUCACGCGAGACAUACCUUCGCAACCAUAUAUGGGCUUUUGGUAACUUAGGUCAUGCCUCAUCACUAAACACAAUCAUCCGUCAUUUGGACCACGACUGUUCCGGAAUCCGUUAUUCCGCUGUAUCCGCGUUACGCAAACUUCCAUUCCAUGACACCGACCAUCACUUACUGCGGGCUCUGAAGCAUGACGAACACGUGACUGUAAAAGCUGGCGUGAUCGAAGUGUUCCUAGAACGCAGACAAAAUAUUUCGGACGAAAUGCGUGAAGCAAUCGAAGACGCACUUUGGUCAGCCGAGGAUGGAGACGAACUCGACUCAAAGAUUACAGAAUUUCUCGACAAACAUGGCGACGACUCACAUCAUACUAUCAAACAAUUACGAAAGCGGAGAGCAGCUAUACAAAGGAAGAAAAGGGCGCUUAUUCCAGCUUUGAAACCAAGAGAGAUCUCCUUGGGACCAAGGCGGGAAUGGAGGAAAGUAUUUGGUGGUCAAAGGGCUGGAGCUGAAGCUGUAAUGAGGUAUACAUGUUAGGGAUGAAGCCGGGGCAUGCCAGGAAGUAUCGUUGCGAACAUUUGUGAACUUCAGCGUCGGCUGAUUUAUUCAGAGAAAUUACUUAGUUUUACCUUCAAAAAACAUUGUUGCCGAAGCAACUCAAAAUGUUAAUGUUUGAUUAAAUGCUUCCUUGUUUGUCCACCCUCGAAAAGCUUGUUACUGAAACAAAAUUUCCUUUCCAAAAAGAGAACAAAAUUUUGAGAAUUUUCAGCAAUAUUCGCAGAAUUUUUAGAAAGGAUUUUUUUUACGUUUUCAACCUUCAACUAGUAUGGACAUGCCACAGCCACUAUUUGUUACAAUUGUCCCAUUUUCAAACGAAAUUCUGAAAACUUUCAGAAACAUUCUCGGAAUCUUCUCAAAAACGUUUUUCUUAGUUUUCAACCUUCAACUUCUAUGCGUAGACAUGCCAAACCGUGCAUUUGUCGUAAUUGUCCCAUUUACUUAGGAAUAAUUGACUUACGCUACAAGCAAAUGUUUUUGGCAAAUGUUUCUUGUUUUACACAACUUCGGGAAACAUGGUUAGGGUAAGGGCUCUUUUAGAUUCUUUUUUAGGUUUCCAACAUUAAUUUAUUUCAGGUUCGUGAAUCAAGUGAAACUACGGAUCAGCAUCUUCGGGGGAAAGUUUGAAGUAGACAUGGAUAAUUUUGCUCUUCUUCGUGCUCACGUGAUCAUGUGGAGUUUUGAUAUCAUUAAAGGUAAAGCCGCGUUCAAGAUGUCGGCACGAUUUAAGAACGACAUUCCAAAAGACUUAAUCCACACAAUCUCCGACAAUGUGGACGACAUUCUUGCCAGUGUUGAUUCAAUCACCAGUAUCUUCGCGAAACAUAUUCAAAACUUUAUAAACAAAUUAAGAAACUAUCUACCAUUGGAUGCAAAUGCGUUUCUAGAAUUCAUCUCAAAAGCAGCCGAGUUUUUGAGGCGUUCUAUUCAGGCCAUGCGCUUUGGAAAGUUUUUUAGACAAAUUGAUAAAGGUCUCAAAAACGCGUUGCGUGUAAAUGAACUUUGGAGGAAAAUUGCUAGUCUAGUUAACAAGCUUUUACGGAAUCUCAAAAACUUAAGUCUAUCCAACGGUCCAUUUGGAGAAGCAUUCCAAUUUCUUACAAAAUUUGUCGAUCUCAUUUCGAGAAUUGGCUCUGAGCUCCCACGCGGUUUUCCGGUAAAUUUCAACACCAAGGAAUUUCUAGAACAUAUCUCUGGGCGAGUUGAUUCGAUCGACGACGCAGUCUCGGAUUAUUUCACGAAGUUGGGUAUCAGCGUUCCAGAAAAUUUCUUCAGAAUGUUACAUUUUAAGAUCACGUUGCGUUUCCCAACUUCCUUGGAAAAGUUCAAGACCGUCACGAUAAGGUUAAUAAAUUUCGGAAACAAUUUUCUGGAAAUGCUUUCUGUUUCCAGGGAAAUGACAAGCAUUGAGUUACCGAGAAUUCACCUGCCAAGAUUCGGCCUAACCACCGGCGGUAACCGAUUGUUUGAUUUUGGGUUAUCUUUCGAUUGGAGGAUAAGAUUCAAUUUUAAGAUCGACUUUUCCGGACCAGAUUUCGCAAAACUGCAGAACUUUUCCCGCUAUUUAGCAGAAAUUUUCAAACAGCUAGAUGGCCCGAAUAUAGACUUGGAACAAUUGUUCCGGGAAUUUUUACCCAGUUUGAGAAACGAGAUGGGUUCUAUUGACUCAGAACUGUUCCGGAAUACGUCAGGUUUGACGAUUGGGCAAUGGUUCCGGGAAAUUAUGAAACAGUUUGAGAAUAUUCUUGGGCAGCAAGAUGGGAAAAUUCUGGACUUUAGCGACACUGCAAAAUUCUUAGAAGAAUUACAAAAAGAGGCUAGGAAGUUUUCUAAGAAAGCCCUCAAAACUGUUUGCAAGUUUCAAGGAUUCAUGUUGAAGUCUUCCGGAAAAUUACAAGAAUUUGGCGAAAAUUUGGAAAAGAAAACGAUCGUUGCGAUCAGAAAAAUCGAAGACGAAGCACACGUAGUUAUCGUAGAGGUUGUUAAUGCCACAUUAUUUGUGGAUAGACUUAUAAACGAUCUGCAAAAAGAUAUUUUGAAUACGACGAAGAAAUUCGUAGAUCAGUUUUUAACAAAGUUGGAAACAUCGCUUGAAAAUGUUAAAGAACUGGCUGAUAAUGUUGCGGAGUUUACUGGCAACUCGACCGACAAGCUACCUGGUUUCUGUCACAAAACGGCCGACGUAUCCGCCGAUAUUUUGGACAAAAUUCAGCGUGAGGCCGACAAUGCUGGUAAGGAACUAGCUGAGUUUAUUUCCACGAAUUCUCGAGAUAUUACCAGCCUUGUAAACCGGUUUAAGACUGUCGUUACAAAUGUAGAAAGUUGGCAAAAGAAAAAUUUACAAAAACGGUUAGGAAAGUUUGCCCGUGUCGCUGAAACGCUUGAUGAAUUCUCAUCCUUGCUCAAAAAUGAAAACAAAUUCUUGAAAAGUGUUAACAAAGUUUCCAGGAAUAUUAACGAUGUUGUAAAGAACUUGAAUCGGCUACCCGAACAUGCCGAAAAAGCCAGACAGGCUGCCGAGAAGGUCGCCGACUUUGCUACGAACGCGAAGCAAUGGGAGACCGAAGUUAAGAAACUUAACAUACAUAAGAAAUUCGGAUUAGACUUCGACGGCAAAUUGCGAAAACUCUGCAACGAAUUACAAGCUCUAGCUCAGGAUUCCGUAAACAAAAUCCAAAGAGAUAAUUUGUUUAGGACGUUCCGUGAAUUCGUGACGCAAGAGACAGACGCCUUAGUUUCUCGCGGAGUUGGAAAAUUAGACUUACUGAAAGAACCGUUAAAGCGAGUAAGAAGUGAACUUGAAAAGGUUUCGGAGUCUGUCAGCGAAGUCGAAGCGGUUCUUAUUGAAAUGAAACCAUUUUAUGAAAACUUUUCACCGAUUUUAGAAGCAGUCAGCCAAUUACCAAACUGUACGGAAAUUGAGUUUAUAUUUGAUAAUAUUCUCACCAAAUGUGGAAAAGGUACGAAGGCAUUUGGUAAACAAGCUUACGGGGAAUACAAGAAUUUGAGGUCCGAAGUCAAAGCAUUCUUAGAACUUUUACCAGACGAAUGGGAGAGUUUAAGUUUACGGAAAUGUGUCACAGGCGGCACGUGUCUUUCCGAGGCGUUCACGAAACAGGCUCAAGAUGUUUCAAAGAAGAUUAAGACAUUGAAAAAAAAAAUUAAUAAUAAAGAAUUGCUUGAAAACUUGGAACCUUGUAAAACUGCAGUGGAAGACGUUUCUCGUGUCGUGAAGAAAGUGAAGAAUAUUUCAGUAUUGGUGGAGGAGUUUUCAUUGAAAGAUGAAGUGUUGAAGAUUAAAGAUUUGGCUCGCAGGAUUACUGGGAAGUUUUCAAAGGAAAGUGAUAGUCAGGUUUGUAUGUUUUUACAUCUUUGGUUAUUACGCCUCUCUGUGUCUUCCAUUGUCUGUGUCUUUUUUAGUUAUUGUGCCUGUGUCUUCUCUGUCUCUUCCAUCUAUCUUGUUUGCUUGAUAUGACUUCACCUCUGGACACUACCUUGUCUUCUCUUGCUCUUACUUCAACGUAGUCUUGUCCUAUUCCUUGCCAUUGUUGCCUCAGCUUAACUUAAUAUGUUUCCAAAUACUUUAGCUUAUAAUUAUCAUACCUUUUUCUUACCUUUGUCUUACUUUACCUCAUCUUAUACCAUACCAUAACGGGUGGAACGGGGGGAGGCUAGGACCCCCAAAAAAGUGAGUGGCUAAGCCUGGUCCCCAAACAAACGGAUAUAACUCCACAUUUCGACGUUUAUAGAUAUAAAACACCCUCCCCCUGUCGCCCACAUUUCCGGGGAAAAUGUUUAUAGGUUGGACAAUUUAUAGAAAUUAGCUACCCAAAAAUAAAUAAAAUGUUCUGCCGCCACUGUACCAUUCCAUACCACUCCACACGACAACAGAACACCACAUGACACAACACAACACUCCAUACUAUAUCAUGCUAAACAGUAUAAUAACGCAACCAGCCGGCCGACAAUUUGGUCAUGCUUUGCAAAUAUUUCCGUGUUCAAAGACCGUGAAAACAAUCAAUUCUAAAGAAAUGAAUAAUGAUGAUUUGAUAUUUGCAUAGCAUGACCAAAUUGUCGGGCUGGCUACGCCACUGAUAACUGAAAUAUCAUUCUGUACCGCACACGUUUCGUAUCUAGUCCCAUUACUUUGCAUACUUCUCAUUGUCAUCUACUCUUAUCUUCCCAGGUCCAAAAACGCCCAGUCAGUGACCUCGCCAAUAAAGUAAAGAACCUUGCUCAACACAUCAAAAAAACGAAAGAAACCAAAGCAAAUAUCGAACAACUCGUUGAAGAAGUGUUUGGCAAACUAAAAAGCAUCUAUUCGGACGACAUCGAGCCUUUCCAAGACAACCUAAAAGACGUCCAACAAAAACUACAGUUAUCUUAUGACCUGAGUAGAAAAUCUAACGUCAUAAAUCCAAGUUUGCAAGCGGUAGACACAGCGGUGCGAGCAAUGACCGACUUUACUGAAGUUGCUCAAAAUGUCGUCGGCCCGUUAGAGGGAACUGUUUUAGACGUACUUUCAAAAACCUCCGACUUCACCGAUGUUUUUGACGAUAAACUUAAAGGCAAUGGGGAAAAAAUACAAAAGGUUUCGGACGAAGUAAACGGCUUUCUGGAUAAAAUUGUCUCGUUCUUGAAUACAAUUCAAUUACGUCAGAAGGGUUUGGAUAUCCGAGAUUAUAAACCCUGGAACCAAUAUCCGUACUGUUCUGAAGACGUGUGCCUCAGGUUACUCCGCAGAUCAUCCAAACCGUAUCUCAAUACCGUUUUCCCUUGGAAAUUUGCGCAUUUGGACGACUUAUCUUCCUAUCCAAAGACGGGCAAGUGGCUAGUACCGGGUCUCUUUGAUGACUACAAAGUGCGCGGUAUUGCGGCAUUGUCUAAGAACGAGAUGGUACUGGGCAUGCGCGGUGUAUCCUCAAAUACUGACAAAGCUUCGUUAUUGGUUGUGAUCGAUAUAAGGUCAUCAAAAAGUCCAAAUUCUUAA